AUGACAGCUCGCCCCCAACACAGCAAAUGGCCCGUUAGCCGUCUGAAACCCGUGCCCGUGUCGGACUCGCUGGAGUCGGUGGGGUUUGUGUCGAAAGGGGAUCGCAAAUUGCUAGAUCACAAGGCCCAAAAGGAUUACUAUGCUAGGAUUGUAGAACGGUAUAUGGCGUUCUGUGCUCGCCAUGCUAAAGAUCUGGAUGCUGCAUGGGCAUCGCUUCCUACCAAUGCGUCGGGUGACGCGACUAAGAAUCCCCCGGCCUCUCUGGCGCAGUCCGGCUCCAAAUCCUCCGGUCCUUCCCCGGCUUCGGAGCUGUCCACGCUGCUUCUAUCUCUUCGCAAGCUCCGAGAGGCCGUUCUAGCCACCGCAUCCUCGGUCCCCGUGCCUUUCUCCCAGCAGGUCCACACGUUCUCCAUCAAACUGUCGAUCCGAGCCAAGCAUCCGCCCUCGUAUUUCCCUUCGCUUCGCUACCUGCUGGAGCAUCUUCACUCCUCGUCGCAUCCGCUACCCGAGUCCGAAUUGAAGGAUCUCAUUUCAUACUUGAUCCUGGACUUGGCUUGUCGGCAGGAUGACCUGGUGGCCGCUUUCGAACAGCGCGCCCGAGCUCGUAGUCAAUAUCAAUUUCAGUCGCAAACCGUUGACCGCGUUCUAAGUGCCUUAGCCCAUGAUAACUGGGUGGUGUUUUGGCAGGUUCGACAAGAGGUGGAUUCCUCAAUGCGCGCGGUCUUGGACUGGGCCGAGGACCGGAUGAGGAGACACGCUUUGAAAGCGGUUGGCCGGGCGUACCUCAGUGUCAGCGCGCAGUGGAUCACCGAGGGCUGCACCGGAGAUCCCAGCUGGACCUGGGAGAAGCUGGCGGAGACGGAGAAGCUGGGAUGGCAGAAAGAAGGCGACAAAAUUAUCAUUAGAAAGCCCAAACAGAAAACCGAAAAGAACCUGGUGCCAAUCAAAGAGAAUGCAUCAUGA